AUGGCUCCAAAAGGGAAAAAGGGAAACCCAUCAGAAAGCAUAGUGGACAAAAAGAAUUCUAAUGAUAAAAGCGUCAAAGACAAAAAGAAAGGCAGCCUAGGGGGGAAAGAAGCUCGAGAAAUAGUAGGAAAUAAAACGGAGCCCAGUACUGCACCUCGCCCUACCGCUAAGCAAUUGGUGGGUGGCAGCUCUUGGACUGGUAAAAUUCCUGCUGUUUUAUUAAAUGAGCAUUGUCAAAAAAGUAAAUGGGAAAAACCGGAUAUACAGGUGAAACAAACAAAAUCCAAAAAAUAUAUAUUUACAUCCGUCCGGCUGUCGAAAAGAGAUCCAAAAAAUGCGUCUGUUUUUGAUCAUGCUAACCUGGCUCCUCCAAAAAUCUUUUACGAAAAAGACUUGUUUCCUGAGAAGGAGACGCUGGUAGAAGCUAGAAAUGUUGGAGCUGUAUACGCAUUACACAGGGUUCUGUCUCAUAAAUCUUUACAGCACGCACUUCCUCCAAAUUUUAGAGAUAUAUGGGUAAAUUUGGAAAAACAGAAGAAAGAAGAUGUGAAAAACAAUAGACAAUAUUUUUACCAAGAGGACCCCUUUAAAGCUGCAAAAGAACGGGAAGCAGCGAUCGCUGCAAAUCAGCAAGCCUCGGCAAAACCACCUGUCCCAAAGCUUCCAAAACCUACGUUUUCGUCCACCGAUGGAACUCGUCUUUCAGCAUUUUCCAAGUACGACUUCAAACAUGCCGUUACUCUCAACAUGAGCCUUAAUCAUCGUCAGUCUAUAGAAACACUCUUACGGUCGUUGAACAUUUGGGAUGCAUACGAGGAAAAAGGAGCUUUUGAAAACCUUGAAAAACUUAUAGUCAAAGAUCUAGUAAGUCUUGGGUUUCGAGAUUUGCAUGCGAAGGAAGCGUGUCAGUACUGCUCAUCCUUAGAGGAGGCGUUAGAAUGGUUAAUUAUUCAUGUUCCGGAAGAUGAUCUUCCUGAAAGAUUUCUUCCUUCUGACUAUAAUGUUGGCGUUCGAGUUCAGAACAAUAACUCUGAGACACUAGCUAUUCAUUACAACGCAAAGCGUUUUGCAGAGUCUGGUUACAAUUAUGAUUUCUCUUUUUCGGUUCUGCAAAGAUUCGGAAAUAAUUUAGCACCUGCAGCGGAAUAUUUACAAUUUCAUUUAAUUGACAAGGAAUAUCCCGAUAACCCCGAAUUCUCUAGUGAAUCUUUAAGUUUGUUUAAAGAAGAGGCGGAAGCUUUGCAAUCGAUAUACCAAAAUAAAGUGCUUGUAGAGGAUGGUUCUUGUAAAAUCAAGAUCAAUGCACCGACCGACGAGUUUGGGCAAGUCUAUAUUGAAUUUAAACUGCCAGCUCAUGCUUAUCCUCAAAACGUACCUUUAAUAUUUAUAUCCUCGACUAAAAGAAUGGCAUCCUAUAUAAAGCUAAGCAUAGUAAGAAAGCUGCUUCUUUAUGCUCAUAAUUAUAUUGGGGAACCUAUGCUUGACGUGUUAUACGACUAUUUUCAAGAAAACAUUACAAUGUUUUUGAAGAACCUCGAGCCUUUAUUAAGUCUUUCUUCGGUUACAAUUGGAACGGAUGUAUUGAGGACUAAAAAUAUGAUAUCCAAUAUGCAAAAGGAUACGCGAAAGCCGAAAUUGUUUAAACGUGAUAACGAAUUUGACACGAAGAUCUACCAAGCUUGGUUACAAAGGCAAAAAAAUCCAGAAUAUUUACAAAGAACAAAAGAUAGAGAAACCCUUCCUGCUUUCAAGUCAAAAGGAACUGUACUAUCGCACAUACAAAGCUGUCAGUCAAUAGUUAUAAGCGGUGAGACAGGAAGCGGUAAAUCUACUCAAGUAGUUCAAUUCAUUUUGGAUCACUUCCUCUCGGAAGGACACGGUAAUAUUGCUAAUGUUAUUUGUACUCAACCUAGGAGAAUUUCAGCAAUCAGUUUAGCUGAAAGAGUUUCUUAUGAAAGAGCUACUUCUUUGGGAAAAGAAGUUGGUUAUAGUGUGCACGGAGAUAAAUGCCUUUCGAAAGAAACCUUACUAGAAUUUUGCACUACUGGUUUGCUACUAAGAAGGAUUCAGUUGCAUGGCCUAGCAUACCUUCGUACUCUAUCAUGCAUUGUUGUAGACGAGGUACAUGAAAGAUCCAUAGAGAACGAUAUACUUCUUGCCUUACUGAAACUUGUUUUGCCUCGUAUACCCAACUUGAAGAUUGUGCUUAUGAGUGCAACCGUGAAUGCUGAAAGGUUUACGUCGUACUUUCCCAAAUCCAAGCAUUUACAUAUUGAAGGCAGAACUUAUCCCAUUGAAGAUUUUUACAUCGAAGACUUCAGUUUUCUGAAAGAUGAGGAUUCAAACGACGAAAUUGCGAAAAGAAAUAAGAGCUCAUACGAAGUUGACUAUAAUCUCAUAUCUCAAGUCGUAAACCAAAUUGAUACUGAACUUGGCUUGAACAAGGGUAGCAUUUUGAUCUUUCUACCGGGCGUUUCAAACAUCAACCGUUGCAUGCAAGAAAUUAAACGAAAAUGUGGAGAUGGACUUGAAGUUCUUCCUCUUCAUGCUUCUUUGAAUACCACCGAUCAAAGGAAAGUCUUUAAAUCGUAUAAGAAAAGAAAGGUCAUUUGUUCGACAAAUGUUGCAGAGACUUCAAUCACAAUUAACGACGUUGUGGCAGUUAUUGAUAGUGGAAGAGUGAAACAAAUUGACUACGAUCUUGAUCGAGAUUUGGUAACUUUUAAAGAAACAUGGGCAUCCAGGGCUGCUUGCAGACAACGAAGAGGUAGAGCAGGUCGUGUUCAGAAAGGAAAAUGCUUCAAGUUAUACACAAGAGGAUUUGAAAAGAAAGGAAUGGUUGAUGAGACUCCCCCCGACGUGCUUCGAACGGCCUUAUCCCAGGUUUGUUUGAGCAUCAUACCUUUAGUGAGUCGUUUUACCAGCAAUAAAGAUUCAGACAGACAAGGAGCCGUUAAAAAAUUUAUGCAGUGUCUUUUGGAUCCUCCUACUGAUCAAGCAGUUGAUACUGCCAUAGAGAAGUUAAUCCAGGUUGGUGCCUUGAAUGAAAAUGAAGAACUCACGGGACUAGGAGAGUAUUUGGUUGCUUUGCCCGUGGAUUUGAAGCUAGGCAAACUUUUAGUUUUGGCCUCUAUAUUUGGGUUUACAGAACCUGCUCUGAGUAUUUCGGCAGUAUUAUCUUCAAAAUCCCCAUUUUUGCAUGAUGAUGAUGCUAGACUGAUAAGAUCCGAACUGAGCAAUGGUUGCGGUGAUGUCCUUACUGACGCUAAAGUAUACGACCAGUGGCACGAGAUUAUGAAAAGUAGCGGUAUGAAAAAAGCUGCUGAAUGGUGCCGGGAUAAUCAUAUAUCUGUUGUAAGUAUGCAACAAAUCAGACAAAACAGGUCAGAAUUAAACGAUGCUAUUCAAAUGCUGAAGCUGGUAAUCGACUUGAAACAUGUUAAAUUUUCAUGGAAUUCUAGUGAAGAUUUAGCGCUUCUUUCGGCUAUAAUUGCUGGUGCGUUGCGACCAAAUAUUGUAAAAUGUGCUUAUCCAGACAAAAAAUACGUGUCUUCCUCUUCUGGAUCUAUUGAGGUUGAUCAGGAGGCUCGUUUGACCAAGUUUUUUGAUAAGUCUAAAAACAGAUUGUUUAUUCAUCCAACUAGCGUGAUGUUUACUAACUCACCGAAUCCAUCCAAAGCAACAUUUAUAGCUUAUGAGCGAAAGGUAGAGACUACCAAACCAUUUCUGCAAAAUUGCACUCCUAUCAAUACCUUUGGGAUGGCUUUGCUUGGGACAAACGAUAUUAUAGUUGACCCUUUAGGAAAGGGAUUAGUCCUUGACAAUGCUUUUACUGUGAAAGCUUGGCCAAAGGUUGUCAUUCUACUGAAAUUGCUUAGACGCUAUUUGGAUUUCGCUUUGCAUCAAAGAUUAGAAUCUAGUCAAAAGGUAUAUUACGAAGAUGAUAUUCGCGGAUGCAUACAGUCAUUGAUUGCUAGCAAUGGUGUUUAA